GACCUAAUAAGGGCAAAAUUUAUUCACCAUAUUUACAGAAAAAAGUUUAUGAAUCCAUAACUCAAAGUCUUUAUAAGCAUCAGUUCACAUAUAAGUUUUUACAAGAAUCUAAUACAAAAUUAAAAGCUGAUUUUAAAAGGUUUCACAGACAAAAUCAAAUAUUAAUUAGAAAAACACAAUCACUUGGAGUUCAAAAUAGACAUCUUCGUAAUCAAAAAUAA